AUGUCUCUUUCGGCAAACGACAACAAUAGCUCCUACUCGAGGGUCUCUCCAAGUGGAAAGACGCCCCCUCCCGCACCGUCGGCGGCAUAUGCAAAGAGCAGAGCCCGCGAACUUCAGCAGGCAGAAACCCAGUUGGGAGCGCGAUACAGGCCUCCUGCCUUGCGUGCUCUAGCUUCAGGGGGCUCUCCUCCUAACGAGUCCCCCCAAACCUCUGUGACGACAAACACCGGAGAUGCUUCCACGCUACCACCUACUAAUUACCCACCUGGGUUUAGGAGGCCAAGGGCAGGGACCUUACCUUCUAAUGUUCAUCUCGCCGCCCAACGCUUUGCCGCGACCUCGAACACGUUGGGCAGCUCUGUUACGCCUGGCUCGACCACCCCCUCCAACUCCACGGGCUCACUUGCCGAACGACAUGUCUCCGUGGCUGCUCCCAGCCUUGGAGCUGCUUCUACCCGUCCCACGUUGCGCCAUGCCACCUCCGUGGCAUCCACCGUCGCGUCGACUGCGGUGACUGAGCGCAACAGUCGCCUCAGGUCGGGCUCCCUCACGUUGCCAUCAGCAGGAUUGUCGAAUGCCUUUGGCCCUUCGAUCUUCUCGUCCUCGUGGCUGUCAUCAGCCAGCAACGCGAACGGCAAUGGAUAUUCUGUCCUUGAUGAAUUGCGUUCCGUCAAUUCCGUCGACGCGGGAGCAGAGGACUUUAGUGUUCACACCCUCGACUACCUCGGUCUCGAUGAUCCGCACAAUAGGCCUCCCCCCGCUGCCACCAUCUCUGAGCUGCGCAACCAAGCUCAAGCAGCCAUCGCCAGCAACUUGACGAACCCCAAUAGGACCAGAGCCAGCACAGUUUCCACCUACCGUACCCGCCCCACCGGAGUUGUUCCCCCCGGAUCUCUUCUUUCCACUCCCGCCGCGGAAGAAGAUGAAGAGUACUUCGAUAGCUACGAUGAGUACAAUCGUCAAGGCUUGGGAGGAUACGAUCUUUCAACCCAGGAUGCCUAUGGAACGAGCGAUUAUCUCACCAAAAGCUUCAAAACCUCCGACCACUUGGCCCCGACUAGACCUCGGGCUAUCUCCGUUGGCAUCCUUGACGACCCCAUGCGCUCUUUGCAGCGACGUGUCACGACGACUGAUGCACCCUCGUACCUCAACGAAUUACAGCAUUCGACUUCUAAUUUGGCGCCCCACAAUAAUGUAGGAAACAAUUCUGGUAUUUUAAAGGCGGAGAAGAUGCAGCCGACCAGGAGUUCCCCCGGUGUCCACUACAACGGGGACACCAAUCUUACCAUCGGCCGAGGUGCAUCUGCCUACCUCUUGGCUCCCUCUGCUCAGCAAAACCGUUCUCUCUCACCCAAGACUGAGAACCAGAACAAUCAAGCGCAGACUCCCACGCGUUCACUUUGGAUUGGCAACCUCGACAGUUCUGUCACCAGUGAACAGCUCAUCCACAUCUUCGCACCUUAUGGAGCCAUCGAGAGCUUGCGCUUGCUGCCGGAAAAGGAAUGUGGUUUCGUCAACUUUGUCGAUCAGGCCGAUGCCAUUCGUGCCAAGGAGGAUGUUCUGAAUCGAUUGGGAGGAAACAUCGGUAUGCCCAAUGGACAAACUGUUCGUAUUGGAUUUGGAAAGGCGGAUAGUGCGCCGGUUGCGCCUGCCAAGGGUAGCAACGCGAGCCCUGGGCCCACCUCACCCAACACCGCUGCCAAAGCCAACACUGCAGCUGGAGCGAACAGUAUGGAUGCGCAAUUGCAGUCUACUCCCACAAGAGCUCUAUGGAUUGGUUCUAUUCCUUCCACCACUACCCCUGCCACCAUCCUCAGCGUCUUCAGCCCCUAUGGACCCAUCGAAUCCGCUCGCGUCCUCACCCACAAGAACUGCGGCUUCAUCAACUUUGAACGACUUGAUGAUGCCGUUCGUGCUCGCAAGGCGCUCAAUGGACGUGACGUCCUUGGUAGUGAUGUUGGUGCUAUCCGUAUUGGCUUCGCGAAGGUCCCAACCAAGAACAAUGCUGAUGGUGCCACCACCGAGGAUGCCUCGAACGUUGCUGUUCAAGGUGUUGGUGAUCUCAGCGUUGGUGCUACCAUCCAUGCUCUUCGGAGCAUCAAGGGUGCUUCCACCAUCCCCUCUGACCAGCAGGUUCUCGGUGGUGCCGUCGAGAACUACCGCUCGAACUUGUUGUUGAGCAUGAUUGGAAAUGGGAUGCACGGCAAUGGCUAUUCGUCCUCUCCUUCUGUUACCGAGCAACAGAUGAUUAUGCGCGAGUUGAGUGGUGGUGCGGCGGAUGCUGAGCCCGAGAUUCAAGCCCUCGCAGAAUUCCGUCCUCCUACCAUGUACUACACCACGAUCCCUCUUGUCUCGGAGAGGCAGCACAACAGACGUUGGGAUGCCUCGAAACUUCGAGAGCUCAGGAAGCGAUUGGAUUCUGGUACCAUGAGCACCGAAGAAGUCGACCAAGUCGCUGGAGAUUUCUUGGAUGGAGAGAUUGUCGACCUAGCAUCUGACUGGCUUGGAAAUACAGUCGUUCAGAAGUUGUUUGAGAAGUGCUCUCAAGAACCUCGUCUGGCGAUGCUCGAGCGCAUCUGCCCCAGCUUGGCUAUGAUCGGUAUCCAUAAGAAUGGUACCUGGGCUGCUCAGAAGAUCAUUGACUGUGCUACUCGACCUGAGGAAAUCGCCCUCAUUGCCCAGAACCUUAGGGCUUACGCCCCGCCUCUCUUGCUGGACCAGUUCGGCAACUAUGUCGUUCAAUGCUGCUUGCGCUUUGGAUCCCCCAACAACGAUUUCAUCUUUGACGCUAUCGUUGACCGGAUGUGGGAGGUUGCGCAGGGACGAUUCGGAGCUCGAAGCAUGAGAGCCUGCUUGGAGAGCCCUCAUAUCACCGUCAACCAACAAAGGCGAAUUGCGACCGCGAUCAUUCUCAAUUCCAUCCCUCUGGCCACCAACCCCAACGGCGCUCUUUUGUUGACGUGGCUCCUUGACACCUCCGGCUUCCCGUCUCGAUACAACUUGCUUGCACCCCGCUUCACCCCUCACCUUUCCCACCUCUGCACCCACAAGUUGGCGUCCCUCACCGUGCUCAGGAUCGUCAACCAGAAGAUUGAACCCGAGGCCUCGCGUCAAAUUGUGGAGGCACUGUUCUCAUCUCCCGGUGAUCAUGUUCUGACGGACGUUUUGGGUGAUCAAGUGAAUGGGGUUGCAGUUGUUCACAAGAUCCUUACUAGCCCCUUCAUCGACCCUGCUGACAAGCAGCAAUACAUCGAAGCCACGAAGCGUGUUUUGAUCGAAUUGAAGGUUAUCGCCACUCAAGCCUAUCGACGACUGAUCGAAGAGGUCGGGCUUCCCGUGCCCAACUAUCAACCCUCGUACGCUGGAAACCUCCCUCCCACUGGCAAACCAGGCAAGACCAACCAGAACUACGGGGUUCCUGGUUUGCCCCAAGGAUACCCAAGCAAUGACCAAGGUCUUGCUUCGAUGAUGGCAGCGCUUCAGAUGGGUGGACAAAAUCCCCAGGCUGGACCUCCUCAACCAGCUCCUCAUGUGGAACCUCACUACAACGCCCCUGCCCCUCCUCCCCCUCGCCGCGCUGCCCCUCCCAUGAACACGAUGAUUAACAACAACUACUCGCAGGGUGAUCCUUUCAGUCCCUUCGGCGCUCAACAGACCGGCAGCCCCCGUCAAGUGGGUAUGCGCCGCAACCUUCCUCCUGGCGCCCCCGGCCCCGUUAACCCCAACUACGGUACCCAAUCCCCGACCAUUGGACAGGGAGCCAACUUGAUGCCCAUGGGCCCACCGCAGCCCGCCUACGGUGGCAUGCCUCCUCAGCAACAGGGUGUACCACCCCACAUGUAUCACCAACAAUACAUGUACCCGGCGUACACGCAAACUCCCCCUCCUCCCAACAUGGGCAACUACCAUGCGUAA